AUGAAUUCAAGCAGACGUAUGGACGGCCUGAAUGAUGCUUUCGCAAAGAACUUCAUCACCUUUGCUCUCGGCUUCCUCAUCAACUGCAUCAAUGGAGCUUUUGUCUACAUUUACUUUAAGAGCGAGGUCUUCCAGCGAGACCCCAGGUAUGUGCUGUACAUCCAUCUGGUGAUCAACGACAUGAUUAUGCUGACAGUUUCUGUGGCCUUGCAAAUCAUGACCUACACCAUUCCCCUGAACUUCGCACCCUGCUGCAUCAUGCUGCUCAUCUUAAUCACUACCAACAAGAACAGCCCUCUGAACCUGGCUGGCAUGGCGGUGGAGCGUUAUAUUGCUGUUUGCCGACCUCUUCAUCACGUCCAGAUGUGUACUGUGCAGCGCGCCUACGCUCUGAUCGCACUAAUCUGGGGCGUCUCCGUCAUCCCCGCCCUCACAGAUAUCAUCAUCGUCCUCGCCACCCAGCCUCCCUCUGUCUACUCAAGGACUGUCAUCUGUUACCCUACCUAUUUGUACAGCACAUCGCACCACAAGGCUCAAAGUGUGGUUGUUCAGGCCCUUCUGUUUUCCUUCGUCGGCCUGACUCUGAUCAUCACCUACCUGAAGGUCCUCUGCGCUGCCCGGGCCGUCUCUGGUUCUAACAGGGACUCGGCCAGAAACGCCCGCAACACUAUCCUGCUGCACGGAGUCCAGCUCCUCAUCUGCAUGUUGUCAUUCAUCUCCCCCCUCAUCACCGUCAUCCUAAUCACCACCUGGCCCCGUGACCGCACCAAGAUCCUCUUCACCACCUUCCUGUUUACCAACGUGCUUCCGCGUCUGCUCAGUCCUCUCAUCUACGGAGUAAGAGACAAGAAGUUCAGCAGCCACAUCAGGCUGCACUUCUUCUGUAAAUGCUGCAACUCUGUAGAGAAGAAGGUGAACCCAGUGGGACCAUGGAGAAGGUCCAAACAGGUGCUACAGUGA